GUCACUUUUGGCAGUGGACACGGCGUUAAUGAGCUUUAGUAUGGGUGUUAGAUUGGUGAUAAUGGGCAUUAGACAGGUGUUAAUGAGAGAUAGUAUGUGCACUAGACAGGCGUUAAUGAGCUUUAGUAUGGGCGUUAGACUGGCGAUAAUGGGUGUUAGACAGGUGUUAAUGAGCUUUAGUAUGGGCGUUAGACUGGCGAUAAUGGGUGUUAGACAGGUGUUAAUGAGCUUUAGUAUGGGCGUUAGACUGGUGAUAAUGGGCAUUAGACAGGUGUUAAUGAGCUUUAGUAUGGGUGUUAGACAGGCAAUAAUGAGCUUUAGUAUUGGCGUUAGACUGGCGAUA